AUGCCCAUCAUACAAGAUUGGAUCCCCCCGACGCGGGAAAACUACGAAACGCUCCUCUUCGGCUGGCAGAUUGCCUACCCAAUUAUCGGCUCCCUCCAAUGGGUCAUCAAAUGGUACGGCAUGGGCAAGACCUCUGAAGCCAGCCCCUUGAACAUCCCCGGCCGCAUCGCCUGGAUGGCCAUGGAAUGCCCCGGCUUCCUAACGCUGCUGUACAUCAUGCGCACGCUGCCCGCCGAGCACGGCAUCACCGACCUACCCUGGCAGAACCUCGUCCUCGCAGGCCUCUUCGUCAUCCACUACCUCAACCGCGCUGUCAUCUUCCCGCUGAUCCAGCCCUCCAUGGCGCCCAUCCACAUCAGCGUCGCCGCCAUGGCCAUGGGCUUCCAGGUCUGCAACGCCACCAGCAUCGCCUCGUGGCUUGCGGCCUACGGGCCCGUCACCGCCGAGGCGUGGAAGUCUCAGAGCAGUAUCCCCCAGUUUGCCCUGGGCUUGCUGGUCUUCUACGCGGGGCUUGCGGGCAACUACUUCCACGACGAGGAGCUGCGUGAGAUUAGACGCCGCGAGCAGCGACGCCAGGAUAAGAUCCGCGCAGAGCAGGGCAAGAACGGCGACAGCGAUGUGGCCCAGGCGCCUAUUACGAAGCACUAUGCUAUCCCGGAGGCGGGGCUUUUCCGAUACAUGCUCUUCCCGCACUACUUUUGCGAGUGGAUUGAGUGGUUGGGUUUCUGGAUUGCUGCUGGCUUGACCUGCACGCCUGCUAGGGCGUUUUUUAUCAAUGAGGUGUUUUCCAUGUUGCCGCGAGCAGUCAAUGGCAAGGCGUGGUAUAUUGCCAAGUUUGGCGAGGACAAGGUUGGCAAGAAAUGGGCUGUUAUCCCUGGUGUUAUUUAA